AUGACGAAGGUUGAUGAACUUGGAAAUGCCAAAGCCCUUUGGUUUCACUUCUACCUCAAUGAACAUCAUAUACAGAAAUUGAUGGAAGAAGCUAUGAAUGAGCAUCCACAAGCUACACACACACACGAUGCAACAGAUGUAUUCAAAAGUAAGGAUGAAUUGCUCAACUGGGUGCAUGAAGUUGGAAAGAAAAAUGGUUUGGUCACUGUAAUCAAAACAUCAGACUAUGGUGGAGGGAAAAAAAGUCCCAGGAUGUAUCUUGCUUGUGAGAGGAGUGGCCAAUAUAGAGCGACAAAGAAGUUAAAACAUGAUGACAACUAUACAUUAAGAAUAACCGGUACGAAAAAGUGUGAUUGUCCUUUUGAUAUGAGGGCUCACAGGUUUACCACACAUGAUGAAUGGACAUUGACCGGAGUAUGCGGAUUGCAUAACCAUCCACUUGCAGAGCACCUUGAGGGACAUUCAUAUGCGGGGAGGCUGUCAAAGGAUGAGAAAGCAUUGUUAAUGGAUAUGUCAAAGAGCAUGGUUCGGCCAAAAGAAAUCCUAGUAACCUUGAAACAGCGAGAUGCCCUCAAUGUAAGCACACUUAAAACCAUUUACAAUGUACGCCAUCGAAACAAGGUGGUACAGAGAGCUGGAAGAUCACAGAUGCAACACUUAUUGGGUGAAUUGGCCAAGGCUGAGAGUGCAUAUGUAAAACUUAAAAGACAAUUGGGUUCAUGUCAAGUCUCAUUUCAGGCAUCAUUUGAGAAAAUACACAAUCUGCUUAAGUUGCAACACACUGAUAUCAAGGCUUCAUUUGAGAAAAGUCUAACUGUUGUGCAACAUCAAUUUAAACCUUCUCAGUUCAGGGAGCUACGGGGUAAUGUGCCUUUCUCUGCAUUAGAGUAUUUGCUUGUAGAGAGUAAGAGAGCCAAUUCCAUUGGUAUUGAUGCUGAAGCUUGUGGAUGCGUCCUUCGCUACACUCAUGGUUUACCUUGUGCCCAUGAGAUUGUUGACUACAUCAGACAAGAUCGUCCUAUACCACUUGCUACCAUACACUCACAGUGGAGGCAACUUCAUAUCUCCAUAUACAACAAAGAAGAGGAAACGGAGGUGACUUGUCAUGUAGAAGUAGAGUUGUUUGUGAAAAAGUUCAGUGAAAGUGAUAGAACCAUGCGAUUGGAGCUUUUGAAGAAGUUGAAAGAGAUUGUAUGUCCGGGAAGAACUUUUCUUGUUGAGCCAGAGGUGAAGCCCAAAACACGUCCUCGGGAUCAUAAGAAGAUCAAUGUUUCUACCCGUCGUGACCCAUGUGCAUUUGAGUUGGUGCAAUCUGGACAUGAUUCCUUCUCGCCUAGGGACACUCAAUUCACUACAUUAGCUUCUACUCUAGAAACCAAGAAGAAGCGACCUGUUAAGGGAAAGGAAAAGUUUGUCAAGGAUAUAGCUGCAGAUGGGAAUUGUGGUUUCAGGGCUAUAGCUACUUCAAUUGGUCAUACAGAAGAUGAUUGGGCUCAGCAAUGUCUCACCUUUUUACCUCUUAGAAUAGUGCUUGUACCUCAACUUGAUAGACGCGAGAUUGCCAUUGGGUUGGUUAAUGGAAAUCAUUUUGUCCAGCCAGACCAUCCAGUUCCUCCUAUAGCCACUAAUUGGCGAAAAUACCGUCACCCUUGUGCUGUCGACUGGGAUGAUGCAUAUGUGCACCGCAUUCAGCAUUUCAAGGACAUUAUUCAUGAUACUGUAGCUACUCAAGAGACAUUUGAUGUUGUUGAUGUCGCAUGA